UCGAGUGACGUCGUUAUUUUUGAAUAAAGAUAUCGAAUGGUUAUUUUCGAACAUGGAUGCCGAUGAAAAAUUAAGCAAUUUGCGUUCACAAAAAGGAGUUAACGGAUUAAUUCUGUCAAAUAAUUGCGGCAUUCCAAUUAAAACUACGUUAAAUAUUCCUUAUUUCGCAUCGGCUAAUUAUGCCGAACUCGUCGUUGGAAUGGUGGAAAAAUCAAGAAGUACAAUCAGACAACUCGAUCCUAUAAAUGAUUUAAGUUUCAUAAGAAUUCGUUCCGAGAAGAACGAAGUUAUAGCUGUACCCGAUAAAGAAUAUAUUUUGAUUGGAAUUCACGAUCCAAAGUUGUAAAAUAUCACUUGAUUCGCUUUCAUUUAAUAUAAUUUAAAUGCAUUUAUCGGAGAAAUUAUUAUAAGAAUUUAAUAAUUGUAAAUAAAUAUAUUUAAU